AUGGUGCUCGACUACAGCAAGUGGGAUCAGCUCGAGCUGUCUGAUGACUCCGACAUCGAGGUUCACCCUAAUGUCGACAAACGAUCGUUUAUCCGAGCCAAGCAAGCCCAGAUCCAUCAACAGCGAGACCAGCGCCGCCUUGAAAUCAAGACACUGAAGUAUGAGCGCAUCAUCAACGACGGACUGCUCGAGCGCAUUGAUAAGCUUCUCGAUUCUCUUAAGCAACACGAGGACUCGUCCGCAUCUCCCGACGAAUUCAUUUUCCAGUCCAUCAUGGACUUUGCCAGCAACCCGGCCGUCGACCAAGCCCCUCCCCCACCAGAGGGAGUUCAUACACACGAGAAGGAGCAGCCAAAGUACUCGCAGAUGAUGAGCUCGCUGGUGGACCAGGUGAAAAAGGAGAUCGACGGCUCCAAGCCGGACAAUCUUUUCAAGGCAUAUAUCCAAGGCGUGGGCGGACACAAGGCGAAGGUGGAGGAUCUCCAAAAAGAAUUGCUGGCGAAGCUAGCACAACUUGAGAAGGAAGAGAAAAGCAAGAUCACCAGCGAUCAGCUACAUACCGGAUUCGACACGUCGCAUGUCGCUAAAGGAAAAGCUCCGGCUGCUUCGACGGCAAAACAGGGCUCCGUUGAGCUUUUGAACCCUGGAGCUGGAGCCGGAAACCAGGUCUCUACGUCGGUAGACGAGGAUGAUGAUGACCCUGCGAAUGUUGAGGUCAGUGAGCUGGCGAAACGCUUUGCGCACCUCAAGACCGGUGAUUACAAGGCCUAUCUCACGUUCAUCUCUGAAAAUCCCGAAAUUGUUGCCGAGAAGGAGACAGAUGGUCUGCUCGUUGAAGCCUUCAACAGUCAGAUGAAGGGGGAGGAGGCUUAUGCCCGACAAUGUGUCCACCAAGGACUGCUGUUGCAGUACUGCCGCUCUCUUGGUCGUGACGGUGUCCAGAUGUUCUUUACACGGAUAACGACCCCCGGCCACCGCGCAUCGACCUUGUUCAACGACGACGUCAGGGACACCUACAACCGGAUCAAGACCCGUGCAGCAGAGCUGAGCAAAGAAACCGCCAAUGACCCGGCGGGCGUGGAACAGAUUCAACUGCAUGCUGUGGACCCCAACACCAAGAUCACGAUUAAUAUCCCCGCCGCCAACAGCGAGGAUCCAACCGAAGUGGAAGUUCGCAAGGUCUUCGAUGCAUUCCCCGCCGAUAUGCAAAAGGCUCUGGAGUCCGAGUCCUUGGAUGAAGUGAACAAGGUUCUCGGUAAGAUGACGGUGGAAGACGCCGAGGUGAUUGUGGAGCACCUGGGCAAUAGCGGCAUUCUUAGUAUGGAGGAGGGGAUUGUGGACGCCACUACGGACGAAGGCAGGAAGAAACUUGCGGAACUGGAGGCGGAGGGCAAGGAAGAAGAGAUUGGAGAGCCGGCGGGCGAUGUGACCGAGCUGGAUUGA